CGCGCCGCGCACUCACACCACGCACCCGUCGACAGGGAAGAGUGAUAUGGCGUCAUCGAAAACUCAAAUAGAACCUGUCCAACAGCUAUGAUGCGGCGCGGUUCAAUGGCGAUCGUCGGAGGCGGCGAGCCUUUGAUCGUUGUGGAGGAAAGCGGAGUGGAAGACUCCGAGACGUCCUACCAUGCGCCCGUCCCGAUCCGUGGGUACUCUGAGGACCAGGAGUCCCCUCCAGACCCUUACCAUCUGUCGCCGUGGCGUGGUGGUGAAACACGCAAACACUCACUACCAACGCCCGCGUGCACCUCCGGACCUACCGCUAGUCAGGUACGCCGUCUUUCGGAGCGGGGAGAAGGGGCAGCACGCGAGGCUCGUGAAGCUGCAUUCCUGGCUACGUUAAGCCAGGCCUCACCGCAGCCAGGUGGUCGAAGACAUUCCGUAGUAACAAUAUCGAGAGUGCCUCAGGCACUAUUUGGACGAGGUCGCCGAGAAUCAAUCGCAGCGUUCCCCGCCCUAGGGCGCCGGAGGGACUCUGCAGCGAGUAUUAAAAAAUGUCCACCGGCUACCGAUACACUUGGCAGCACGCAUAAUCUCCAACUGGAUAUAAUGGAUGACAUCGUCCAAGCUCGCAAAGUACGUAUGCGUCUAUGGAACACUUCCAACGAAAAGGUUUGCGAAGUGCAACCUCUGGAUGAACGAUCGCCUAGUACCAGUUCAGUGAGGUACACGAACAGAGGGCGUAGGCAUUCGGACUACGUGGGUGCACCGUUACCGCCCAUUCCCGCUCGUCGCCGUGCAUCAGAAAUGCCCCCACCCAUUCCACCACGCAGCGGCGCUGGGGUUGUAUGCACGGAUACAGAUCUCAAACUCAUGCUCAAUGCCCUAACAUCAUCAGCCACAGAAAUAGAUCGGUGCGGUAAGCCCGAACAAAAAAGACGACUAGCAGAGAUGCGAUCCAGCAGUUUCGACGCGUCAGCACUGCGUGAAAAACUAACAGAAUCUGGAUCCACUUGGUUCACUAGACGGCAUCAAACCCUAGAAACUAAGAAGAAGGAAAACGAACCGCGAAAACCAAGAGUGACCUUCGCACCUGACUCAAAGCCGGCUUCCGGCGACACAGCUGCCGUAGUUUGGGACAGGCCAACCGGAUCUGUGGUGGACGCAAGUGCACUCGGCAGCGCUAUAGAAGUCUUCCUCCGCAGUGGUAAUACAGCAAAUACUGGACCUUCAACAUCCGGCGCAAAAAUUGCCAAAGAGACGAUAGCUAAAACCGAGAGUGAAAUUCAACCAAAACCUAGCACGAGUCGAGCGGGACGCAGAGAAGACGAGCGCUGGGUCGUGAACAGAUCUGAGGAGGAAGAAUCGGCCGAGGGAUGUGACGCCUCGCUUUGUUCGUCACUAAAAGACCUUUUCGCGUAGGCAUUUCAAAUUUAAAUAUUACAUAGUUGUCAAGUACUGGGCCCCUAUUUGCUGUCAUUCAAAUCUUUACACACUUGUAACUACUAUUUGUGAUGUCAAAUUAGACAGUUCUUGUAUGAUUGUAUCAAGGUUAAAUUAUACGGGUCGCACGAUAUUACUUGGCCGGGCUGAAGAGAUCAGAGAGCUAAUCUGAUAUGCUCGCGCAUGUACAAUGUGAACUAUAAUUGAUGUUCUAGAAUAUACCUUAUAAUAAUCUACCUUCGGACACACGCGUUACUUAUUUUCGUCCGGCCGACUGAAUCGUGUGUACAAUAAAUUUCGCGCAUAGAUAUAACAAAAUGCCAUAGAGAAUCAGAGUCCUGAUAUAUUUCUCAGAUGGUGAUGGGAGAUAACUUCUUAGCCGUGUACGCUCGAUGUAUCUUACUAUAUUUAUGAAUCUUUUAAUGUGAUAGACUGAACGCUGGACGCUGGCGCCGGUCGUCCUGAGUCGACUCACGACCGACGUCCGCUCUGCGUUAUAUCUAUAAAUAAUAGAGUAAAUUCUAUUUUCAUUGUAAAUUUUUCGAUAUUAGAAAUCAAAAGUUAUUAGAUUAAUUGUUAGUUAGAGAAUUGUAAGUAUUUGUAAUGAACGGACGCGCUCUUUCCACGCCGUGCCUAAAGCCGGCCCCCCGCGCGCCCGCUUUCCCCGCCCCGUCUCGUUGGACAGUCUUGUAAUCAAAUGUUAACCAUUAACAAUUUAUCUUUGUCAUUGUAUAGCAGAUAAUAAUCAAAGGAGACGGCGUUGGGAGAAACGUACGCUUAAUAGACGAAUGUGACUUCCAGUCGUCAUAAUAUAUCAAUAAAUUUUUAUCGAUGUU